AUGAAUUCCAAAUCACCACCAAGUCCUCCCCUGCGCACUAGCUCCAUGGGCGCAACAAAUGGGGCAAGCCCAUCACGCCGACAAAAAUCAGGAGAAUCGAAACACCGACGCAAUGUGUCCAGCGUCGACGGCACCAAAUACAAGCAUGGAACGUGGUCAGCCAAAAAUGAAAAGAUUUUGAUAGGCCCAUACGACUAUAUGCACGAGCAUCCUGGAAAGGAUGUACGACGACAACUUAUUCAAGCUUUCAAUUCCUGGCUGCAGGUCCCACCAGAGAGCUUGGAGAUUAUCACUCAGGUUGUGACUAUGUUACACACCGCGUCUCUUUUGAUUGACGACGUCGAAGACAACUCCAUCCUCCGCCGCGGCAUUCCAGUCGCACACAACAUCUUCGGCACAGCCCAAACCAUCAACUCCGCCAACUACGUCUACUUCCUAGCCCUCCAGGAAGUACAAAAACUAAACAACCCACUCGCAAUGGAUAUCUACAUCAAAGAAAUGCUGAACCUGCACCGGGGCCAAGGAAUGGACUUGUUCUGGCGUGACACACUCACGUGCCCAACGGAAGACGAGUACCUGGAAAUGGUAGGCAACAAAACGGGCGGUCUUUUCCGACUCGCCGUCAAACUCAUGCAAGCGGAAAGCCAGACGGGCAAGGAUUGCGUGGCGCUGGUGAAUGUCAUGGGACUGAUCUUUCAGAUCUGCGACGAUUACCUCAAUCUCUCGAGUACCACGUAUACGCAGAAUAAGGGGCUCUGUGAGGAUUUGACCGAGGGCAAGUUCUCGUAUCCUAUCAUUCACAGCAUUCGCUCCAAUCCGUCCAAUCAUCAGUUGCUCAAUAUCCUUAAGCAGAAGACCACGGAUGAUGAGGUGAAAAGGUAUGCUGUGCAGUAUAUGCAGACUACUGGUAGCUUUGAGCAUACGCGUCAGGUUGUGGGGGAUUUGAAAGAUAAGGCGCUGGGUCUGAUUGAGGCUAUUGAUGAGACCCCGCGGAUCAAUGGAGCUGGGGAUGGACAGUUGGUGCGUGCGAUUGUGGAUAAGAUUGUUGAGUACACUUUGGCCGAUCCCAGUGCGCAUUGA